UAAAUCUCUUUUUGUCUCCUCUCUCUUACGGCUUCAGAAUCGCCAUCGGAAUGUGGUAAACUCGAUCAUCGGGACUUGUUACGAACCGGAGCAUCAUCGGAAGGUUGGACUCAUCAUCACGGCUUGUGGCCCUUUGCUUUGUGGCUUAUUCAAAGAUGACAACAAUCGAAACCGGUCAGAAAACUCAACAGUCUUCUCCUUCCGGUUCUGCUGCUGCGGCUACUGGUACUCUCAAGCAGUCUUCGGCAUCGUUUAAAAGGUGGGGAAGGAGACACCCAUUUGUACGAUAUGGACUUCCGAUGAUAUCUCUCACUGUUUUUGGAGCCCUCGGCCUCGGCCAACUCCUUCAAGGCAGUAAGGAUAUUGCAAAGGUAAAAGAUGACCAAGAAUGGGAAAUUAUAGAAACAAGAAAGGCGCUUUCGAGAACAGGACCUGUUGAUGCUUAUAAACCUAAAAACACAUCCAUCGAAGAUGAGCUUAAGGCUAUGCAACAGAAGGUGGACAUAAAUACGUACGAGUACAAGAAAAUUCCAAAGCUAAACGAAAGCAAGUCGAGUUAAGUGAAGUCUUUUAAGAAUCAUCUUUGUAUAACAAUUAUCUUUUCUUAGAUGUGUUUCAGUUUUAAAUUACUAUUCACAUAAACGCCCAAGUACAUAUCCCAGCAAGUUUUGGGCUUCCUAAACCAAGAACAAAGAGGGCCACUUUAUAAUUAGAGCAUCUCCAAUAGGGGUUGUUUAAAGGGGUUCGUAGCAUGAAUAACAUUAAAAUUAAAUAA